AUGCGGGCUUCUCUGGCACGCCGCUGUGGAGGCUGCACGCCGAGCGGGAUGCGCUGCAGCAGGAGGCAGCCAAGAGCAGCAGCAGCGCCUCCGCGAUGCCAGACGGCCUGGCCAAGUGCGCCGGUGAGGUCGGCUGGUACUGGGGCGAGAAGCGCCAGGCGUAUUGGAAAGAGUCGGACAGACAGUUUUAUCGGCACGGUGGCGGAUGUGUGGGACAAGAUCGCCCAGGAGCGCGUGCGCCUCCACGAGUCUGAGACGCAGGGCGUAUCGCUCGCGGUGGGCUCCAAUUGCCACGAGCGCGCCGCUCAGGUCAAGCACGUGAUCGUGAGGGACCUGCCAAAGGCAGGAACGGCGCUGAGGAUGUCGCUGGACCACCUGGAUCUGCCCUGCGCCCUCUACGCGCUAUACGAGGGGCAUCGCGGCGCGGCAGGGGGCGGGAACACGUGCUCGGACUUCUGCGCGAAACACCUGCACGGCAAGUUGCUGCCCAAGCUCGCGGCGUUCCGAGGCCAGUGGCUGGACGAGCACCUCAAGGUGGCCCUGCGCGAGACUUUCGAGGAGCUGGAUGCGAGCUUCGCGGAGAAGAACCCAGACGCCAAGGACGGCUGCUGCGCGGCCGUGGCCUUGGUCAUCGGAGAUCGCGUGGCGGUGGCCAGCCUCGGAGACAUCGCCUGCCUCGCAUGCCUGCGCUCCGGCGAGAUCGUCCGCCUCGCGAAGGCGCACGCGGUCCCAGACCCCGACGCGGACGAGGACGACGAGGACAGCAACAGCGGCGAGGCGGCCGCAGCGGCAGCAGAGGCGCCCCCGAGCGCCGACUUCAGAUGGACGCGUUCGUUCGGGGAUCUCAGCUUCAAGGCGCCAGGGCGCGAGGGCCCGCGGGUGACCGCGACGCCGGACGUGGCGGUGCUGCGUCUCGAGAAGGAGCACCUGGGCUUCAUCCUGGUCUGCAGGGAGCUGUACGCUGCUAUCGGCGGCGAGACCGCCGUCAGCACGGUCUUCCGCCGCAGCGCCGGGCGCCCACGCAUGGCAUCCGGCGCACUGGUGGACGCGGCGGUGCAGUGGCUGGGGGACGUGAAGCCCAGCAGCGGCCUCGCGUCGGUGGUCGCGUUCGUGGACUGGCAGGGCGCCGCAGCGGCUGGCGGUUCAAGCGCCUCCUCGGAGCCGGCGGCCAAGCGCCAGAGGAAGGAGCCGGAGCAGGUCCGCCUCAGGAACAUCCUGCUGAAGCACCGCGACUGCAGGAGCGCCAUCGACAAGGUGCGAAACAAGCAGGUCAAGCGGCCCCGUUGCGAGGCGGAGCGCAUGGCGCGCAGGAUCUUCGAGGAGUGCGUCACGGACACCUCCCGGAAGGUAUUCACUCAGCGGUGCCGCGAGCUGUCUGAGUGUCAGAGUUCCUUGAAGGCCCGCGAGAUGGCCGGAGAUCUUGGCUGGGUCAAGCGCACUGAGACCAAGUUCGGUGAGGCAUUCCACGCAGUGGCCUUCAGCCUCCAGAUCAACGAGCUGAGCGAUUUGGUCGACACUGACCAAGGCAUUCACCUUUUGCUCCGGACUGCCUGA